AUGUGUUCAAGGAUUUUGAAAGUUGUCAAUAUGGCCGUUUUGCAUCCAGCCGUUCGUUCCAUGAGCUGUGCGAUCAAAAACAAGGACCCGUAUAUCAAUCUGGAAAUGUAUCGACGUAUCGCUGAAAAUAAAGCCAAGUUUCCAGCUCCUAGAGAAGUUAAAACGUCACCAAAAACCAUUUAUAAGUCGAAAGUUGAGUUUGGUCCAUGGUACACAAAUGAGUUACAACAAUACUUCCAGAUCAUAGGAGUGAAAUUUUUUUUUUGGCCGGGAGUAUUCACCACUGUAGCCGAAAUUGUUGCAGGACUAUUAUAA